CGCAACGACCCAUACAGUAACACCUACAAUGAGGGAUGGCGCCAGCAUCCAAAUUUCUCCUGGAGUGGCAACAGCAAUCCGAAGCCACCUGGCUUCCAAGCUCCUGCAACUAGUUAAUAGAACCAUAGGCAGCCAUACCAGCCUCGCCCAGGCCAGAUGCAGCAUCAUCAACCACUUUAUCAGCCCAGACAGGGGCAGACUUUUCAACAGCCCCCAGAGCAGCAGUACCAGCAGCCUGGUGUAUCUCCAUCAGUCCCAGCACCGGGCGAUCCCGUGUCAGAACUGAGGGAUCUAGUGACUACCUUGGCGAGCACUAGUACCCAAAAGUUCAAUAAAUUGGAGCAAUUCAUGGAAGUGGCUGCAGGCAAAUUCAUGGAGAUUGAAGCUGGCCAGAGAAACCAGCAGGCACUCUUGCAGGAUAUGGACACCAAGAUCGGGCACCUGGCAGAUGCCCUUGCUUCCAAACCGGCUGGCACACUUCCUGGCCAACCCUUGCCGAAUCCCAGAAAUCAUAAGGAGGGGCUGCACGCCAUUAUGCUGAGAAGUGGGACUGUGACUGCGGAUGCACCGCAGAAGAGUGCCAAGAAGGUGACCCAUAUCACCCCUGAGCCGGAAGAAGACCUGGUGAUGGUAAAGGAGCCAGAGGAUCAAACUCCAAAGCCACAACCAAUAGUGGCUGAAUAUAAGCCUAAGCUCCCUUUUCCCACCAGGAUUCACAAAGACAGGCUAGAGGCAGAGUUCGGCAACUCCUCGUCCAUGCUUAGGAAGCUGCAUGUUCAAGUGCCCUUCAUGGAGGCACUAUCUCAGAUGCCUAAGUAUGCAAAGUUCCUAAAGUAGCUUCUCUCGAAGAAGCGGAGGCUGAGUGAGCUAGCCACUAUGGAGCUCAGCGAGGAGUGCUCGGCCAUUCUGCAGAACAAGCUUCCGCAGAAGCGAAAGGACCCAAGUAGUUUUACUAUCCCGUGCUCUAUAGGUAAAUUGCAUGCAGAGAGGUCCUUGGCGGAUCUAGGUGCUAGUAUUAAUGUGAUACCAUAUAAAUUGUUUAAGAAACUAGGCCUAGGUGAACCCAGGGCAACUAGGAUGAGUAUUCAACUAGCUGAAUGAUCUAUAGUUCAUCCUAGGGGCAUAGUGGAAGACCUUCUGGUUAAGGUUGGCAGAUUCUUUUAUCCUCUGGAUUUUGUUGUCUUGGACAUCAAUGAAAACACAGAAGUGCC